AUGGACGGCGAUCAGGCUGUAGACGCAGGGCCAAUUUCGGUGCAAGAUGGAGCGCAAUACCAGGUGCAGGCUCAAGCUGAUCGAGCGGCUACGCCGUUACGUGUUCUAGCGCUUGAUGGCGGUGGCAUACGAGGCUACUCCGAGAUCAUCAUUGUCGAACAACUAAUGCAGCGAGUCAAGCAAGAACUCAACCUUGAGACACUGCCCAAGCCGUGCGACUACUUCGAUCUUAUAUGCGGCACAAGUACAGGGGGCAUUGUAGCUAUUCUGCUAGGCAGGCUGAGGAUGAGUGUUAAAGAAGUCAAGGAUGUGUACAAGGUUCUUUGCAAGAAGAUCUUCAGCAAGCCGAAACAUCAUGCUAGUGAGGGGAAGUUCUCGGCAGUUAAUCUCGAGGAAUUGAUGAAGGCGACCAUUGUGAAUUUGUUCAGCUUUGUGUGUACCAGAGCGGCCCAGGCAGCGAGUGGCGUAACCGUCAGGAAGUUUCGAACCUAUGAUACCGGAGACGUCGGACAAGAGGAAGAUCUCCGAAUUUGGCAGGCUGGGCGAGCAACCUCAGCCGCACCGACAUUCUUCAAGCGCAUGAGGAUUGGACUCGUGGACUUCCUAGACGGCGGCGUUGGUUUCAACAACCCAGCCCAAACGCUAUUAGACGAAAUGCAUGAGCUGUACGGUGACAGGCCGAUCGCAUGCAUCAUCAGUGUUGGCGCUGGUGUUGCGACCAUCAAAAGCUAUUCUGAGCCAAAGGGCUGGCAGAAACUCAUCCCAAAAGAGCUCAUAGAGCUCUUCGCUGAAAUGGUCACAGAUUGUGAGAAGACUGCUCACGAACUUGAGGUGAAGUUUAAUCAUGCGCCUCAGGUCUACUAUCGGUUCAGCGUUCAGAGAGGGCUCGAAAGCAUCGGCAUGGAGGAAUGGAAGAAACUGGGGGAGGUUGAGGCCAAGACCGUGGAGUAUCUGCAGCACGAUAAGAUCAAGAACGAGGUCAGAGCCGCUGCUAAGGCGUUGAGUGCGCCAGUCGCGAGCGGCCUCAAGGCAUCUGAUUUGCGUAAUUAGACCCAUUCAAUAGUGCCGGUAAAUACUUAGCUUACAUGUGACAAGGCCUUGGAUACCAAGGAUGGGCAAUAGCGCAUACGCCAACGUCCUACAUUCUCCCUCUCCAGAAUCGAUCGUUUGUCGGCCGAGCGGCCGAGCUCGAGGUGCUGCAGCAGAAACUCGUG